AUGGCCGACACUCUCAAGAAGACGGCUAUACAAGAUAUUCCAGAAACAGCAAUCAAUGAGUGCGAUUCUACCGAGGACAGAGAAGUAGGAGGAGAUGCCGUGGCAGAUGCUAAGGUCGAGAAGGUCUAUAAAAAACUUGAUCGCCGAAUAGUACCCGCCUUUUGGAUCCUGUAUUUCCUCUGCGCCGCCAUUCGUUCCAAUGUCGGCCUCUCACUCACUAUGAACUCUUCUACCGGUGAUGCAUUAUCACAGCGCCUUAAACUUACUCCUCAUCAAAUCAGUACUGGUCUUGCAUUGUUUUAUGUGUGCUAUGUUCUAUUUGAUGUACCGGCGAACCUCAUUAUGACAAGAUUGAGUCCGCACGUCUGGAUGUCUAGAAUUGUUAUCGGCGUUGGUGUUGUUGGAUGCUGCCAUGCAGCCUUGAAUGCUGUGUGGAAUUUCUAUCUACUUAGACUCCUGCUCGGGAUCGUAAUCGCUGGUAUGUGGCCUGGUAUGGCCUACUAUCUUACACUGUUCUACCCACCGUCCCGCACUGGAAAGCGUAUCGGCCAAUAUUUCACCGCCGCCCAGGUUUCCGCGGCCGUUGUUGGCCUUGUCAGCGCUGGAUUUCAGAAGAUGAAUGGAAUGGGAGGGCUGACUGGCUAUGAGUGGAUGUUCCUUUUAUAUGGUGUCUCGGCCGUUCUUUGCGGGGUAUUCAUCUUAUAUUGGCUCCCAGGUCGCCCUGUGGCUCCAGGAGCAACGGUCAAGCCAUCUGGUUUUCAGAAAUACUUGCCCGUCCCAAAACCGGCACUAGUGGGCGAGGACGCAGUCAUUCAUUAUGAGGAGCUGACGAGAGUCUAUAACGUCCCACCGUGGACAAUUAAAGACCUUAUGGGAGUUUUGAUGGACUGGCGCUUAUGGCCAUUGACUAUAAUGUAUUUUGGCGUCGUUGGGGUCGGUAUUGGAGUUCAGAAUUUUGGAACCCUUAUUAUUAGGGCCAUCAACCCACAGUUGACUAGUAUCGAGCUUUCACUGCUUUUUUCGCCGAUUUGGGUUUGCGAUUUGAUUGCCAUUUUGCUAGUUACGCCGUUUAGUGAUCGGUUCAAUCGACACCGUGCGCUCUUCUUCACAGUGCCAGUGUGCGUGCAGAUAUCGGGCUUGCUAGUCACAACUUAUGCUACCAAUCCAUGGGGAAGGUACUUUGGGCUACUCAUGAUUGGAUUUGGGCUAGGACCCACAGUGCCAAUUUGCAUGACCUGGACCAACGAAAUAUUCCAGCCCCGCCAUGGUGAAGUUGGUGUUGCUGCGGCAUCAGCCCUUGUCUCAGGUCUUGGGAAUUUGGGCUCAGUUACUACUACGUAUGCACUUUACACAGGUUGGGCUUCUGAUAACGUUGUGGGGCCUAAACAAUUCAGGAAGUCGAACUUGGUGAUGAUCGGGAUCCUGUGUAUCAGUAUUUUGUCUGCAAUAACUAUGGGGUUUUUGGUGAAAUACAUCGAUGGAAGAAAGACAUCGGGAGAGGGUGUUUUGCUAGAUAGGGCGGCGCGGAGAGAGCAGAGGGGACAGCGAGGGUUUUCCGGAUUUUGGAGGAGUAGGUCUUAA